AUGGCAACGUUUAUUUCAGUCCCGUUGAAAAAGUCCUCUGAAGUGGAUCUGGUGAAACCGCUGUCGAAAUUUGUCACAGCCUCGUAUCCAACGGGCGACGAGCAGGGGGAAUACAUCCGCGCCGUGGAGGAGUUGAACAAGCUCCGCAGAAACGCGCUGGGAAGGCCUCUGGACAAACACGAGAGCUCCCUGGAGAUUCUGCUCAGAUACUAUGACCAACUGUGUGCUGUUGAGCCUAAGUUCCCCUUUUCUGAAAACCAGCUCUGCUUAACCUUCACAUGGAAGGACGCCUUUGAUAAAGGAUCACUGUUCGGUGGCUCAGUCAAGCUCGCUUUGGCGAGUUUGGGCUACGAGAAGACAUGCGUGUUGUUCAACGCAGCGGCGCUGGCCAGUCAGAUCGCCUCAGAGCAGAACCUGGACAACGACGAGGGACUGAAGGCUGCAGCCAAAUACUAUCAGCUGGCCAGCGGAGCGUUUGGCCACAUCAAGGACACAGUGCUGUCAGCACUUAACAGGGAGCCCACCAUGGACAUCUCCCCUGAAACUGUGGGCACCCUGAGCCUCAUCAUGCUGGCCCAGGCCCAGGAGGUCAUCUUCCUCAAAGCCACCUCAGAUAAGAUGAAGGAUGCUGUCAUCGCAAAGCUGGCCAAUCAAGCAGCGGAUUUCUAUGGCGACGCCUUCAAGCAGUGCCAGUACAAAGACAACCUUCCCAAGUAUUUUUAUUUUCAGGAAGUGCUGCCGGUGCUGGCGGCCAAGCACUGCAUCAUGCAAGCCAACGCUGAGCUGCACCAGAGCGUCCUGGCUAAACAGAAGAAGCGCUUUGGAGAAGAGAUUGCACGUCUGCAGCACGCAGCAGAGCUGGUGAGGACAGUGGCAUCUCGUUACGACGAGUAUGUGAGCGUUAAGGACUUGAGCGAUAAAAUCAACCGAGCCCUCACCGCAGCCAAAAAAGACAAUGACUUUAUCUACCACGACCGCGUGCCCGAGGUCAAAGAUCUGGAACACAUCGGCAAAGCAGCGCUGGUCAGAGCCACCGCCAUCACACCUCCACUCAGUCAGAAAUUCACAGACUUGUUUGAGAAGAUGGUCCCCAUGGCGGUGCAGCAGUCCAUGAGCAUUUACAGCCAGAGGAAGGCUGAGACUGUUAACAGACUGGUGGGAACAAUGAGGGAGGCCACCAAUCUCUGCAACGGGGUGCUGGCGUCCCUGAACCUGCCAGCUGCUCUGGAAGAUCUGUCUGGAGACUCUAUCCCACAAUCCAUUGCUGAAAAGGCACGGUCCAUCGUGCAGCAAGGAGGACUGCAGAGCGUCGAGCAGCUGAUCAGAGACCUGCCAGAGCUUCUGACCCGCAACAGAGAGAUCCUGGACGAGUCUCUGAAGAUGCUGGAUGAUGAAGAGACGACAGACAACGAGCUGAGAACCAAAUUCAACCAGCGCUGGAACAGAACUCCCUCUGGAGACCUCUACAAGCCUCUCCGUGCAGAGGGAACUAACUUCCGCAGCAUCUUGGACAAGGCCGUGCAGGCGGACCAGGUCGUGAAGGAUCGCUACAACACCCACUGUGACAUGAUUGCCCUGCUUUGUAAGCCAGAGAACGAGCUCAACGCUGCCAUCCCCUCCGCCAACCCGACCAAGACACUGCAGGGCAGCGAGGUAGUGAACGUGCUGCGCUCCCAGCUCGCCCAGCUGGAGGAGGUGAAGAAGGAGAGGGAGACCCUGGAGGGAGAGAUCAAGGCCGUGACCUUUGAUAUGUCCGUUUGCUUCCUGACGGCGCUCGCCCAGGACGGGGCCAUCAACGAGGAGCAGCUGUCACUCGCACAGCUCGACCAGCUGUACGGUUCCUACAACCAGAGGGUGCAGGCCAGCCUCCGCACACAGGAAGAGCUGCUUGGACAAGUUCAGACGUCCCACCAGGAGUUCAGCAGUCUGAAGCAGUCCAACACGGAGGCCAACCAGAGGGAGGAGGUGCUGAAGAAGCUGGCUUCAGCCCACGACAGCUACGUUGAGAUCAGCAGCAACCUGCGCGAAGGCACCAAGUUCUACAACGACCUGACAGAAAUCCUGCUCAAGUUCCAGAACAAAUGCAGCGACAUCGUUUUCGCUCGUAAGACAGAGCGGGAUGAACUACUUAAGGAGCUGCAGCAGAGCAUCGCCCGAGAGCCCAGCGCUCCAAACUUCAACGUCCCCGCCUAUCAGAGCACCCCAGCUGCCCCCGCCGCCGGCCCAACCCCUGCACCACGGACCGUAUUUACUCCACCUGUCCAGCAGCAGCAGCAGCCCCAGGCAAAGCCCCAGCCACCAGCAAGGCCUCCACCACCAAGCUUCACCCCUCAGGCAGCAUCCACCACUCCCACCAGCACACCACCCACUGGCCCUCCCACUGGCAACCCUCCACCUAUGGUUCCACAAUCCCAGGCCCAGGGACCACCUUACCCCAGCUAUCAGGGCUAUCCAGGGUACUUCCAGAUGCCUAUGGGCUACAAUCCCUAUGCCUACGGCCAGUACAACAUGCCCAACAUGCCCAACAUGCCUAAUAUGCCCUACUCGCCGUACCAGGCGACUCCAGGACAGGGAGGCUACCCAGCAGCCCCACCCACCGGACAGCCUGGCUACCCUGGCUACCCACAGCAACCCCCUCAGCAGCAGCCCUACUACCCUCAGCAAUAACUCUUCUCUCGAUCCCGUCAUUCUCCUUCCCACCAGUUAACACCAAAUAAAAGAUACUCCCAGCAAUAACACUUCAUCUCCAUUAGCUCCCUCCUCUCUCAUCUUUUCGUUUCCCCUCACUAACAGCAGCGAUAGAAACCCACGUCACGGGCGACUUCAGAGCUGCUUUGCACUUCUCCUGUAUAGGUUUUCUUCCUUUGUCACUUCUUAUUCUUUUCUCCUCCUCAUCGCGCACUCCCUUUUCCUUUCCUAGAUCAUGUUUUCUUGGUUCUGACGGCACUUUUCUUGAACUGUUUCAUAUUCAUCGAUGCACUAACCCCCUCCUUUUGCCUGUACGGUUGUUUUUUAUGUACUCAUUUUCUAAUGUUUUUUUUUGUUAAUGGUUUAAUUUAAACCCUAACUGGUUUCCAUUGAUAACUGACUCUUUGUCUGGGCUGGACUGCUGCACAACACUCAUGGAGGCGCACAGAACCCUAGGAUGUUUCCUGGGCCGGGUGGAUUUGUUGAGUGGGCGGAUGGGUGGUCAUUACUAGUCAUGCCACUGAUGGGAGGCCACAGCCACAUCCUCACUCCCCCACCCACUCAGUCAACCCCCAGUGCUUCUAUAUCAACUAUAUUCCUAUUUUUGUAAUGAAUACUGAUGCCUCGCUGAUAUAUAAACCUAUAAAAACGAAUGGCCUGUAGGUUUUCUAAUGUAGAUGAAGACUGUUGAGAGUUCUGGUCUGGUUGUUUUUUGCUCUUUUUCUCUUCUCUCUCACCCAGGGAACGUUGGUAUAUUUCUGUGUUACAAUCAGAGGCUGUUUAAGUGGGAGAAAUGAUUCUAUUAUAUAAAUAUAUGUAUAAAUAAGACUCUGUUAACUGAGACACUCUGUGUGCUGCCCUCUCAUGCUCUUUGUGUUUAUUUUUAUUCCUCAGCUCUAAUGUGAUUAAAAACAACAACUGCCA